UUGGUAAAAAAAAUGAAAAAAAAAAAAAAAAUCUUUACUGAAUCAGCCAAAACAGUCCCGACAUCCCUACCUUCUCAGCAGUCCAGCCUCCACUUUCUCCUCCUCCUCCUCCUCUGUUCUCACUCUAAUCUGUAGGAAGCUUUUAAGGUAUAGUAUUUGGAAGUAAAGAUGCAGGCUUGCGGUGGAGCUGCAGUGAUGGGUUCUCUUCAACAACCCGCUUGGACCAAAGGAACAAUUUUUUCAAACAAGGGGCUUACCGGCAGUGGAUUUUCCCAUCAACUAAAGCUCAAUUGUGUGAAGCCCGUUAGAUCUUCUUCUUACAUAGAAGGAAGCUUGGUUACUGGAAGGCCAUCCUCUUCUGUCACUGUGCCUUUGCCUGAAAUUGGUGGUAAUGGAAGCAGUUUUGUAGACAACGGAUUAAGUGAGGCUGACCCUGAGGUGCGUGCUAUUAUUGAUAUGGAGAAGCAGCGACAGUUCAAGAGUCUUGAGCUUAUUGCCUCAGAAAAUUUUACUUAUCGGGCAGUGAUGGAGGCAGUUGGCUCAUGUCUAACGAACAAGUAUUCAGAAGGUUUACCAGGUAAAAGGUACUAUGGUGGCAAUGAGCAUAUUGAUGAGCUUGAAACACUUUGCCAAAAGAGGGCUCUUGAUGCAUUUCACUUAGAUGGAAAGAAGUGGGGUGUUAAUGUUCAACCAUUAUCUGGUUCCCCUGCUAAUUUCGAGGUUUAUACCGCAAUUCUUAAACCUCAUGAUCGUCUCAUGGGUUUGGACUUGUCUCACGGAGGACAUUUGUCUCAUGGUUUCAUGACUCCUAAAAGACGGGUGUCAGGCACAUCCAUUUAUUUUGAGUCCAUGUCAUAUCGACUCAAUGAAUCCACAGGUCUGGUUGAUUACGACAAGCUUGAGGAAAUGGCUGACCGAUUUAAACCAAAACUCAUUAUUGCCGGGGCUAGUGCUUAUCCUCGAGAUUUUGACUAUCCUCGCAUGAGGAAGAUUGCGGAUUCGGUUGGUGCUUUUCUUAUGAUGGAUAUGGCUCACAUAAGUGGGCUUGUUGCUGCUUCUGUGCUUGCAAAUCCCUUUGACUACUGCGACAUUGUGACAACAACAACACACAAGUCUUUAAGAGGUCCAAGAGGUGGGAUGAUCUUCUUCAAGAAAGAUACAGUUCUCGGGGUUGAUUUAGAAACUGCCAUCAACAAUGCUGUUUUCCCAGGUUUACAGGGUGGUCCUCAUAACCACACUAUUGGGGGCCUUGCAGUUUGCUUGAAGUAUGCACAGUCCCCAGAAUUUAAGGCUUACCAGAACCAGGUGGUGUCUAAUUGCAGGGCUCUUGCUAGCCGAUUAACUGAACUUGGUUACAAACUAGUUUCUGGUGGAAGUGAUAACCACCUGGUUCUUGUGGAUCUCCGGCCUUUAGGUAUCGAUGGAGCUCGAGUGGAGAAAAUUCUUGACAUGGCUUCUAUCACCCUUAACAAGAACUCAGUACCUGGUGAUAAAAGUGCUGUAGUGCCCGGUGGCAUUCGCAUUGGAUCACCUGCCAUGACGACAAGAGGAUUCACCGAGAAAGAAUUUGUAGCUGUUGCAGACUACAUUCAUGAGGGUGUGCAGAUAACAAUUGAUGCUAAACGCGCAGCCUCAGGAUCAAAGCUCCAAGAUUUUAUGAAGUUUGUAGCUUCCCCUGAGUUCUCCCUAAAGGACCGAGUGUCAGAUCUGCAGAGAAGAGUUGAGGCCCUUACCACCCAGUUCCCAUUGCCUGGAGUAUAACUCAGUGGUUAAUGUUAUCAUAAGGAAAUACAAGGUUAUUACUUCUGUUGAAACUUAAGUUAGCAUGCUCUUUUCGGUGGAUACUAGAUAUUCAUCUUCGGUUUUGUUCCUGUGCGAAGGUGAGGAAACGAGAGUUUGAACUUACUAUAUCAAUGGCAAGUGAUAGGUUACUCAGAGUUGAUGCUCGCUUAGUAAAUAUAGGGUAAAGCCUACGGUUGCAAAUUCUGCAGAACAUGAAAUGGCAAAGAGAGAAUGCCGUGUGUAUCAACCCACGCACUCGUGUCGGCAGAGAAACCAGCGCUGAUCAGCUCUGGCUGGCGGCAGCACAUUCCUCAGAUCGACUACGCCUGAAAGACUACAUUUUCCAGCGUUGUAGACCGGGUUUUUAACAUAAGUUAGCAAAACGCUUUUGCGUGGUGGGAGUUGUAGCUUGCCCAUGCAUUUGCUACAGAUCCCUUUUUAUACUGCUUUUCAAUGUGACAUUGGCGCUACUGAGUCAAUGGAAUUGACAUUGAUUCCUACAUGAUUAGGACUCGGAUUCCACAUGUUUUUAUAACUGUCAAACUCGAUGGUGACGACCUUAUUUCCAGAGGGUGUGAAAAGCCGAAUCAGAGCUAAAUAAACCAAAGCACCCACUAGAAUUGUGAGGGGAUGUUUGACGACGGAGGAUAUGCCAUCACCGGCAUACGCAUCAUUCAGGGCCUUCAUGACGACGGAGAAAUGGGUUGUAAAGUCGGUGAGCCUCCCCAUGCUGGCAUCCCAAAGGCUCCGCCAACACUUUAGGAGGGGGAGGACCAUCAACGUGAUUCUUAGUCCCCCAGAAGGGAGUGCGUCACCUUGGAAGGUCAUUUUCUUUCAACAGUUCUGAUUCAAAUGUUAAAUCACACAAUAACAUGUAAACAAGCUUGAUCAAGUUAAUAUACUCAGAAAAUAUGAUUUCUCA